AUGGGUCCUCACCUUGCCCAGCGGGCGGAACCAGCCCCCCUCCUGAUGCCGGGAGACACUUCCGCAAUUACUGCCGGCAAGUACAUCGUCAAGUUCCGAGACGACAUUCCGGAUGCACAAUUCAAGAGCCUCAUGGAAAGCGUCAAGGAAGAAGCGGACCAAGUUUACACAAACGUACUGUUCGGUUUCAGUGCGGCCCUGGACGCGGCAAGCCUGGAGCGCUGGCGAAAUCAUCCAGACGUUGACUACGUCGAGCCCGAUUCCAAGAUCACGGCAAGCGGCACCAUCCGCCAAGACAACGCAACCUGGGGCCUGGGCCGCAUCUCGGCCCGCGACAACGGAGAAUCCGAGUACGUAUUCGACGAGACCGCGGGCGAAGGCACUUGCACCUAUGUUCUCGAUAGCGGUAUCGAUGACACCCACCCCGAAUUCGAGGGCAGAGCCGAGCAGAUAUACUCCUUCAUCACGGGCGAGCAGACGGACGGCUGGGGCCACGGCACUCUCGUAGCGGGCAUCAUCGGCAGCAAGACGUAUGGCGUGGCCAAGAAGACGCGUCUGUACGGCAUCAAGGUGAUGGCGGACCGGGGCGGGACCGACGUGUCGAUGCUCAUCGCGGGCGCAGACCUGGUGCUCCGACACAUGAGGACGCGGAGUUGCCCCAAGGGCGUCUUCGUCAACAUCAGCAUCAGCGGUGGCAUGUCUCUGGCGACCAACCAAGCGGUCGAAAGGCUCGUCAAGAACGACGUCUUUGUCGGGGUAGCGGCCGGCAACGACGGCAAGGAGUUGGCGGAUCGAUCUCCGGCGACGGCGCGGUACGUCUGCGUCGUUGCGGGCACCAACAAAAACGAUACUUGGUACAAGGCUUCCAACUAUGGCCGCCGCGUCGAUAUUUUGGCUCCAGCAAGCGAGGUAGAGUCGACGACAAUUAACGGCGAAACUGCUAUUGUGAAUGGCACGUCGGUGGCAGCGCCGCACGUUGUCGGUCUGGCGGCGUAUGUGCGAGCGCUCAAGGACAUUGGCGCCGCAAACCUCUGCGCUCAUCUUCGCCUGACGGCGCACAUUGGCAAGAUCAAAGGCGUUCCUAACGGGACGAGCAAUCACCUUGCGUUUAACCAGGUCCGCCGCGACGAGACUUGA